GUAAAACAGUAAAGGCUGUCCCGGAUGUAGAGGCCAUUUCUACGAACUCUUGCUUCCUGAAUCGAAAGAUUAGAGUAUUAUCUCGACAAAAUGACAGAACAACAGUUAGACUGUGCGUUAGAUUUGAUGAGAAGGCUUCCUCCACAACAAAUAGAGAAAAACCUUACAGAUUUAAUAGAUUUAGUGCCAAAUUUAUGUGAAGAUUUAUUAUCAUCAGUAGAUCAACCAUUAAAGAUAUCUCGAGAUAAAAAUGUAGGAAAAGAUUUUCUAUUGUGUGAUUAUAAUAGAGACGGUGAUUCCUACAGAUCACCAUGGAGCAACACCUAUUUUCCUCCUUUAGAUGAUGGUGCUAUGCCUUCAGAACGACUCAGAAAACUAGAACAAGAAGCCAACAGAUCAUUUGAUCAAUACAGAGAAAUGUAUUUUGAAGGAGGUGUAUCAUCUGUAUACUUAUGGGAUUUAGACCAUGGCUUUGCUGGUGUUAUAUUAAUCAAGAAAGCUGGGGACGGGUCAAAGAAAAUCAAAGGCUGUUGGGAUUCUAUACAUGUGAUUGAAGUACAGGAGAAAUCUAGUGGAAAAAGUGCUCACUACAAAUUGACAUCAACAGUAAUGCUGUGGUUACAAACCUCCAAGGAAGGAUCAGGAAUCAUGAAUCUAGGAGGAAGUUUGACUCGACAAGGAGAACAAGAUAGCACUGUUAGUGAAAGUGCACCUCAUAUUGUAAACAUUGGUAGAAUGGUUGAGGAGAUGGAGAACAAAAUUAGGAACACAUUGAAUGAGAUUUAUUUUGGUAAAACACAGGACAUUGUCAACGGUUUAAGGUCAUUUAACUCACUAGAAGACGAAGUGAGCCAAAAAGCCGUAAUUAGCAAUUUGAAAGAUGUAUUAAAUAAAAGGGGAGAGAAGCAGUGAUGAUACAUACAAUUAUUAGUGCAGAAAAUUUUUAUGGCCACCAGAUGGUGCAACAAACUGUAUUAAAAGGAAACGGUGCAAAAUUGUUUAUUUGCUUCAUUAAUUUGCAAAGUUUUUGAUAUUGAAAAAAAAUAAUUGGAAAUUGGUGAAGAAAGAGAACCCAUAAGGCAGUUUGAAAGUAAUUGAUUAGAAAAUCAAUGAUUAUGUUGAGGGGAAAAUAUGUUGAAAAAUUAUAUAUUAUAUGAAUUUGUAGCAAGGAAAUAGGUUAAAGAUAUUACUCAUGGUAGCAUUUGGUUACUCUUAUUAUAGUAGCAUUUGUUUUUACUUAUAAAAAGAAGGACUUAAGUAUUUUCAGGGAUCUAAUUUUUUCAAAAUCCACUUUCCAAAAGGAGAGCUUUGCCAUUCGCUUGCUUGCCUUGUAAUGAUAGGGCUUACCCUUACAUUUUGAACUAAAAAAAACGUAAAAUAAAUCACUUGCCUAUGGGAAAAUUAAAAUGUGUUUUCACUUUUUACCGUCUCAUUGUUUUCCUGGGCAACAGGCAAUGGUAAUUACAAGUCAGUAAAUAGAAUAUAUCUUGUAGAAAAGACAUAUGUUGGUGCAUCUCUGCAAAACUUUCUUCAUUAGUGAUAUUAUGGAAGUUGUGACUAAAGAUUUAGCUUUUACAAUUUACAUAAAUGAACACUUAUUUAUUUAUAUUUAUAUAUAAAUAUUUUCAGGUGAAAUUGUGUUUGAAUAGUAAAAAAAUUUAGAUGCUGGCCAUCUAAGGAAGAAAUAACUGUCUUAAAUAUGGCUGUAAAAGUAUAUCUAAGUUAAAAAGUAAUUCUUAUUUGAAGUUCAGUAAAAAUUCUACCAAAUGAAAAAAAAAAACUUUUUAAAAUUUUGUGCAUCCUUUCAAAGAAACUAUAAAUGGUUAUUGAAGAGACUGGUUGUGUGUGAAGCAAAUUUCCUUUUACCUUGCAAUCAGCCAAGUAUUGUACAAAUAACAGGUUCACAAUUUUUUUUGAUUUAUUUGUACAUAUAAAGUUUCCUGCUACUCUGCUUCCCUAUUGAGCAAUCAGUAAUAUGAAUAUUUCUUUUUGUGUUACAGUUCAUUUUGGGGUCCUCUUGGUGGUCCGCGUUUAAACUAUGUCGAUUUCUUUGAAAACUUUUUUUAAUUUACACAACUAAACCUUAAAGUGCCGGGUGUAUAUUGCAGGAUAAAAAACAAAAUAGGUACAUUAGCAGAAAUUAAGAUUUAUUUGUCCGGACUACAAAACAAGAGAAAAGAUCAGAGAGCUUGGCUUUGCGUCCUGUUUCUUAAGCUCUUAAAAAUAAAAUUUCUAUUUUCCGACUGUACAUAUAUUGUUAUGUCAUCUAUAUCUAUUUGUUACUUUUGAUUAACAGUUUUAAGAGGUUUAUGCAUAGUUUUAACAUCUCGUACAGCGAACAACUUUCAAAACUUUUUAUGCCAAAAUAUUAUAUAUAUCUUAUUUCUUAAAAAUAAAAAACCUUGUAUUAUAUUUUUGCUUUUUCUAUUGAAAAUUGAUUAUAAAAGACAAUAGUUAAAAUAAUAUAUGUUGAAACAGAUUUAUAUUUCCAUUAUGUUUUUCGAAAAAUGCAUUUAAUCCAUAAUUUUUUUUCGUAAGAAUGGAAAAAUAUAUUUAAACACAAUACAUUAGUUUCACUGUGUCAGUUUGUCUUUGUCACCUGAAAAAGGACAUGAUUAAAAUAGUCAUUCCAAAAUGUGUAUGUCUAAGUAAACCUGAUUUUAAGACUUGUUAUUGAUGUUUAGUUUUACCUCCAUUUGAAUUAUCAUGACAAAUCCGAUUCUACUGCAGUUUCUUGAAAAAUAUAAACUAGCAAUCAUGUUUUUUUUUUCAUGGGGAGAUAACUGCUUUCACAUUUUUUGCAGGAAAGAUAACUCAAAAUGUGACUUAUCGUGUUACUGCCUUAUUGAGUGUUUAUUAACGAGCUACAGCAUAAUUAAAGUAAUUAAGUAUGAUUUUAUAAUAUGUAUAUAUAAUAUAUUUCACAUUCAUGAUACUUGUACAAAUAUGAGAUAACAUUGUAUUAAAACAUGUACAAAAUCA